AGCCCAAACAUUAAUAACAUUAUUCAUACCAGGGGUGACACAGAAGGAGGAGGUUGAGAUGGAAUACUGUGCUGCCACAAAUGUUAUUUUAAAACCAUUAUACAUUGCAACAAAAUUUUUAUCAUCAAGUUCACCCACUUUAAGUGAUGUAUGCAUUACUUCUACUGCAUUAAUUAAAGAAUUGAAAAAGACAAUUGAAGGUGACAAUGAACAUUAUUUAAUUGCAGAUUCAGUUAAUCAUAAAUUAGAAGAAUAUUGGAGUAACAUACAAAUCAGUUCUCAUCAAAAAAUUAUUCAGGUUUUUCUCACACUUGCAGAUGAAAUUUCAGACAUUGUAGAACAAAUUGAUUCAGAUAAAUUUGCUGCUAUAGUUACUGAUGCUGUUCCAGCAUGUUGUGUUGUGUGUGAAAAAACUGAAGAAAU